CGUAAGGGUUAGAGAGAGAGAGAGAGAGAGAGGUUUUCUACCACAAUUUCAUCGCCAGCGCUGGCACUCGAGAUCUCCACCUUUCUUGUCAUGGCCUCAGUUUUCCUUCCCUCUCGGCCUGCCAUAGUCAUUCCUCGUGUUCCUUCCCAAAAGAGACGACUUCUUCUGUCCUCCUUCAGGCUUCUAGCCUCUUCCGCUUCUUCCUCCUCUUCGCCUUCUCCAUCUUCGAAGCCUGAGGUCGUCGUCACCAGAGAGCGAGGCAAGAAUGCGAAGCUCAUCAGUUCUCUGGAAAAACACAACAUCUUUUGUUUGGAGGUUCCUCUUGUUAAGCAUACUGAGGGACCUGAUGCAGAUAAACUUUCAGCCAUUUUAAGUGACUCUGAGUUUGAUUGGAUUGUCAUAACUUCUCCUGAAGCUGCAGCAGUGUUCCUUGAAGCUUGGAAGGUUGCUGGAACUCCCAAAGUGCGAAUUGGAGUUGUUGGAGCUGGCACAGCAAGCAUUUUCCAAGAUACAUUGGAAUCAACUGAGCAAUCUCUUGAGAUUGCUUUCUCUCCUUCAAAGGCAACUGGAAAAGUAUUAGCUUCUGAGCUCCCAAAGUAUGGUCAGAACAAAGUCUUGUAUCCUGCAUCUGUAAAGGCUGGCAGUGAAAUUGAGGAAGGCUUGUCUGCACGGGGAUUUGACAUCAUAAGGAUGAAUACUUAUAACACUAUAGCUGCUAAAGAUGUGGAUGAAACUAUUUUGGAAUUUGCUCUUUCUACUCCAGUUGUUGCAGUGGCUUCCCCUUCUGCAGCCCGUGCUUGGGUUAAGCUUAUCCGGGAACCAGAGAAUUGGGACAACUCAGUUGCUUGCAUCGGCGAAACAACUGGUUUAGCUGCCAAAAGAUUGGGCUUGAAGAAUGUAUACUACCCGAAAAACCCUGGUCUUGAAGGGUGGGUUGACAGCAUUCUAGAAGCUUUAAGAGUUCACCAUCAACGCCAAAAGGCACUAAUUUGCUGAGAAGGAAGCAAGAGUUACAUGGAAAAAUCUGAUACCAGAAAUUGUAAGAGGCAGCACAGUUUCUUUUUGUUCAAGCAAGUUUUGCUGUAGCCAUUUGCGGCUUGGCAUCCUGUGAAAUCUGCAAAUGAAGCUAUUCUCUGCUAAAUUUGAGUUGUGUUUGCAAACUGAAUGAAACACAUUCUUCGGGAUGAACAAGAACUGUAAAAAAGAAUGGUCAGCUAGACACCCAUCUUCUGUGCAUUUUUUUGUGUAUAUAUAUGUACUACACUGACCUGAAACAAGGAACAGGAAUGCACUGAAGAACUUUACAUAA